AUGGCAGGAUCCCCAGACGUGGUGAGGCAGAGGCAGACAGGGCAGGUGGCAGCUGCCACCAUCGGCUACCACGAUGGCCAGCAGUACGCGGCUGAGUCGGAGCGGCUCAGGAAGGCCAGGCUGCGUGUGGAGAAGGCCAUUAAGGUGAGGGGUUCGGUUCCACAGUGCCCCGAGAUGGCACACGCUGGCAUUUGUGCCCCUGUGGCUCAGCAGAGCCGGCUCGGAGCGCCGGGAGCGCAGGCUGAGCUGGCUGCUGUCCCGCAGGAGAAGAAGAUCUUCACCGUGCACGGCCCCUACCCCGUCAUCCGCCGGCUGCUGCGUGCCCGGGGCUGGGUGGAGAGGAAGCUGCCCCUCAAUCACAAGCAGCUGAAGCAGCAGCCUGCCGACCAAAGACAACAGCAGCCGGACGGGGGGGCAAGCGGUGGCGGUGAUGAGCAGGGGGAGGCAGUGCUGAACCCGCCGGGUGGGGCACAGCCUUCCCUGGGCACCGCAGAGCCCCUGCAGCACGCGUGGUGCACAGCACACGAUAAGGAGAACGAGGGGGAAAGGGAAGAUGAGGACGACAACGAAGAUAAGGAGCAGUGCAGUGAGGACUCUGAAGACAUCCAUGACCUCAUGUCCUUCCUGGUGCAGGACCAGGUGCCAAACUUCCUCUGGACCAUUCGCCUGAGCAGCGUUGACCGGGAGCUGCUGGCGAGGAUUGAGGUGGUGAACCGCUAUCCCCGGCUGGCCGCGCUUUGCACCAAGGAGGGGCUGUGCCAAAGCCUGCAAAACUUGUCCUGGUUCGAGCAAGUCGACUUCAACACCUUUUUCCCCCGGUGCUACCGGCUGGGGUUCAAGGACGAGAAGGAAGCCUUCAUUGAUGAUUUUUGCCUGACAGCAGCUCGCAGCCUUCUCAAAUUGGCCCUGCAGAAGGUCGGGGACAGGCCGGUGGGGACAGAGCAGCCCUCAAAACCCGACGAGGUGCCGGCAGGGCCGUGCUCGCCCCUGUAUCCCGAGCUGCUGGAGGAGGCCCUGGAGGUCUGUGAGCAGCACCUGGGAGUUCUGGGGCACCAGGACAUCGACAGGAGCACCCCGUCGCCCUGCCGGACAUGCAUCGACUGGGACCGCUUCCUGCCGGAAUACUACCGUGUGGCACACGAGGGGGCCAGGCUGGAGCUGGACACGGAGCAGCGGGAGCGGUGCCAGGAGCUGCUGCAGCGGCUGGAGGAGAAGCUGCCACAGCUCGGCAUAGAGGGCAGCCUCAACGUGUGGAUCGUCAAGCCCAGCGCCAAAUCCCGCGGCAGGGGCAUCGUGUGCGCGACUCGGCUGGAGGAGGUGCUGGAGCUGGCGCAGAGCUGCGUGGGGACCCCGGCGGGCGUGUGCGAGUGGGUGGUGCAGAAGUACGUGGAGCGGCCGCUCACCAUCUUCAACACUAAAUUCGACAUCCGGCAGUGGUUCGUGGUGACCGACUGGAAGCCGCUGACCGUCUGGUUCUACCGAGACUGCUACCUGCGCUUCUGCUCCCGGCCCUUCUCCCUGUGCCACCUGGAGCCCGCCAGGCACCUCUGCAACGUCUCCAUCCAGAAGCGGUACAAAACGUGGCAGCCGGACCCCCGCGUGCCCCCCGACAAGAUCUGGUCCAACAAGCAGUUCCAGGCCCACCUGGCGUGGCUGGGGCGGGCGAACGCUUGGCAGCGGGUGAUGGUGCCCGGCAUGAAGGCGGCGAUCCUGAACGCCCUGCGCUGCGCCCGGGACCAGGUGGGCUCCCGCAAGGGCAGCUUUGAGCUCUUCGGGGCCGACUUCCUCAUCGGGGAGGACCUCCAGCCCUGGCUGCUGGAGAUCAACUCCUGCCCCACCAUGAGCCCCUCCUCGGCGGUGACACGCCAGCUGUGCGCCAACGUCCAGCGGGACACGCUGCGCCUCGUGCUCGACCGCAAGGACAACCCCACCUGCUCCAUCGGUGCCUUUGAGCUCCUCUACAAGGAGGCAGCCGUGUCCUCGUGUCUGACUGUAGGGCUGAGGCUGAUGGUCACCGGCUGUUCCCUGAAGAAGCCCCAGUCGGCGAAGCAUCGAUCCCAGGACAGGCUCCCCAGGUCUGCACCCUCAGGGAACAGAGCCGCCAAGGUGCACAGGUCGAGGGCGUCACGGGAAAAGCUGCCUCCUAUGGUGCUGCAGGGCAGCUGCUGCCUGCCCAAAUCUGACCCUCCAGCACUGCCACGGGCCCCACACUGCUCUGCUGGGAGCCAGGAGCUGCCAUGGCUCCUUCAGCUCGAUGGGCAGUCCGGGGAGGCUCAGCCCCUGAUCAAUAGCUGUUCCAUGGAUAGCGUGCCAGGACCACCAAGCCAGGGAGCCACCAGGAGCCCCCAGCGACCCCCAGGCUACUCUGCUGGAGACCAGGAGUUGCCGUGGCUCCUUCACGUGGUGGUCGGGCAGCCCCAGGAAGCUCAAGCCCAGACAGCUUUGCAGCCGACCACCAGCAGCUGUCCUCUGCACAGGGGGCCUGUGCCACCGCCCCGGGGAGCGACCAGGAGCCCUUGGCUACCUCCGGGCGGUUCUGCCAAGAGCCAGGAGCUCCUCCACGUGCCUGGGCAGGCCGAGGAUGCUGAGGCUCAGUUAGCGCGCCCCCAGGAAACUCAGCCCCCGACCAAUAGCUGUCCCCGGGACAGGUUGUCACCGCGCCAGGAAGCGCCCAGGAGGCCCUGGCGACCCCCGGGGCGCCAGGGAUUGCCCCGGCUCAGUCAGCCGGGUGGGCAGCCCCAGGCUGCCCGGCCCCACCGAGCUCUGCCCCCGAUCAGCGCCCGUCCCCCGGUGCGGGGCCCUGUGCCACAGCCCCCGGCAGCGCCCAGCAGACCCUGGCGGCCCCCGGGCUGCGCACCGACCCCCGCAGGGCUGCCUGCCAGGCCGGCGCGCCUGCCGGCGCUGUGA